CCAGCGCUGGGCAGCCGCCGAUCGGGGGGAACCCGUGGCCGUGUCCUGCGGCAGAAAAGGGGGCGAAACUCCCCGGAGCAAACCAGGAAAGGACGAUGCCACUGUAACCCGCCCUCGCCACCCGGCCCUCCGUGCCCACCGCCGGAGCUUUUGCAGCGCGCCCGGGGAAGGGGCGCAUGGGGCAGGGCCGCUAAAAGGCGCCCGAGUUCGGGGCUCAGGGGUGUGUACCCCCCACGAGUGCUCCAGCGGGGGCACUGUUUCCGCGGCGCGGGAUUUUGGGGGGCGCGGCGCGCUUGACUUCUCCGUGCCCGUGCUGCCCCUUCGGAGAGGAGGCGCGCGCGUCAUGGAGACCCCCAGCUGCGUCCAGGACGAACCGUUCCCGCACCCGCUGGAACCGGGGGCUGCUGGCAAAGCGGGGGACAAGCGCUUCUGGCUGUGGUACGUGGGGAGCUCGUGCCUGGAUCGCAGGACCACGCUGCCUAUGCUGCCCUGGCUCAUGGCCGAGAUCCGCCGGCGCAGCUUGAAGCCCGAAGCGGGCGGCGGCGGGGCGCCCGGGGCGCGCGAGGUGCUCCUAGUGCUCAGCGCGCCCUUCUUGCGUUGCAUCCCCGCCGGGCCCGGGCUCGGGGUCUCGGGUGCCGGGGUCCCCACGACCCCGCAACCGAACUCGGCCGUGUUCAUCUUCGAGCACAAGGCGCAGCACAUCGCGCGCUUCAUCCACAACAGCCACGACCUCACCUACUUCGCCUACCUGAUCAAAGCGCAGCCCGAAGACCCCGACUCCCAGAUGACCUGCCACGUGUUUCGCGCCACCGACCCCAACCAGGUCCCCGAUGUCAUCAGCAGCAUAAGACAGUUAUCGAAAGCUGCCAUGAAAGAAGACUCCAAACCCUGCAGAGACAAUGAGGAUGCCUUUUACAACUCUCAGAAGUUCGAAGUCUUGUAUUGUGGAAAAGUGACCGUGACCUACAAGAAGGCUCCGUCCAGCCUCAUUGAUGAUUGCAUUGAGAAGUUCAGUCUGCAUGAGCAGCAGCGCCUGAAGAUUCAGAGUGGCCAGCACCACUCUGACAAUGGUGAUGAGCUGGGGGUCUUUGAGGCAGAGAUCCCCAGUCCACCUGCAGACAUCCUUUUGGAGGAAGACGAUGUAGACAGCAACACCCUCCCGGCCUUCUCCACCGUCCCCAGCCAGCCAGCUCUGUCCAGCUCCCGAGGGUGCUUCCCCGAAAAGAUUUUGGAAGGUUCUGGCUUUGAUGAACAACAGGAGUUCCGAUCUCGGUGCAGCAGCGUCACCGGAGUCCUGCAAAGGAAAGUUCAUGAGAACAGCCAAAAGCCACAGCCCCGGAGGAGACAUGCCAGCGCACCCAGUCAUGUCCAGCCAUCAGAUUCAGAGAAGAACAGAACAAUGCUGUUUCAGGUUGGCCGAUUUGAGAUUAACCUCAUCAGUCCAGACACAAAAUCAGUUGUGCUUGAAAAGAAUUUUAAAGAUAUUUCUUCUUGUUCUCAGGGUAUAAAGCACGUAGAUCACUUUGGCUUUAUCUGUCGGGAGUCACCAGAGCCUGGGCUGAGCCAGUAUAUCUGCUACGUGUUCCAGUGUGCCAGCGAAUCUCUGGUUGAUGAGGUAAUGUUGACUCUCAAGCAGGCAUUCAGUACAGCCGCAGCCCUGCAGAGUGCCAAGACCCAGAUUAAACUGUGUGAAGCCUGCCCUAUGCACUCUUUGCAUAAGCUCUGUGAAAGGAUUGAAGGCCUCUACCCACCCAGAGCCAAGCUGGUAAUACAGAGACAUCUCUCAACACUGACAGAUAAUGAGCAAGCUGACAUCUUUGAGCGUGUCCAGAAAUGCAAACCCAUCAGCGACCAGGAGGAGAAUGAGCUUGUGAUCUUACAUCUGAGGCAGCUGUGUGAAGCUAAGCAGAAGACACAUGUCCAUAUUGGGGAAGGCCCAGCGACUAUUUCAAAUAGCACAAUCCCAGAAAAUUCAACAAGCAGUGGGAGGUUCAAACUCGACAUUCUGAAAAAUAAAGCGAAACGAUCUUUAACUAGCUCCUUGGAAAAUAUAUUCUCCAGGGGAGCAAACAGAAUGAGAGGUCGCCUUGGAAGUAUGGAGAGCUUUGAAAGAUCCAACAGUCUUGCUUCAGAGAGGGAUUACUCUCCUGGGGACUCGCCACCAGGAACCCCACCAGCCUCUCCACUCUCCUCAGCGUGGCACAAUUUUCCUGAAGAGGAUUCGGACUCCCCCCAAUUCCGCAGACGUGCCCAUACCUUCAGCCACCCGCCUUCAAGCUCCAGAAGGAAACUACACCUGCAUGAAGGCAGGGCCCAUGGCUUGCGCUCCCCACUGCUGAGGCAGAGCUCCAGCGAGCAGUGCAGCAUUCUACCAUCAGUUCGGCGCAUGCACAAGGAGACUAAUUCUUCCUCCAGUCUUCCAAGUCUUCACACUUCCUUCUCUGCCCCUUCCUUCACUGCCCCCUCUUUCCUGAAAAGCUUUUACCAGAAUUCAGGUAGACUGUCCCCACAAUAUGAAAAUGAAAUCAGACAGGAUACUGCUUCAGAAUCAAGCGAUGGAGAGGGGAGGAAAAGGACCUCGUCUACUUGCAGCAACGAGUCCUUAAGUUUUGGCGGAACCCAAGUGACUCCUCGAAGAAUCUCCUGGCGGCAGCGCAUUUUCCUCAGGGUUGCCUCUCCCCUGAACAAAUCUCCUUCAGCCAUGCAGGAGCAGGAUGGACUGGACAGGAACGAGCUGCUGCCACUGUCUCCUCUUGCUCCAACUAUGGAAGAGGAACCCCGGGUUAUAUUCGUGUCUGGUGCAGAUGAUCCAGAAACGGUGGAAGCCAGAAAAAAAUCAGAAGAACUGAGGAGUUUGUGGAGAAAAGCUAUACACCAACAAAUCUUACUACUGCGAAUGGAAAGAGAAAACCAGAAACUUGAAGAAGCAAGCAGAGAUGAACUCCAGUCCAGAAAAGUUAAAUUGGACUACGAAGAAGUUGGAGUAUGUCAGAAAGAGGUCUUAAUAACCUGGGAUAAGAAAUUGUUAAACUAUAGACCUAAAAUAAGAUGUGAUAUGGAAGAUAUUCAUAGUUGUCUUAAAGAAGGUGUUCCUAAAAGUCGACGAGGAGAAAUUUGGCAGUUCCUAGCUUUACAGUAUCGUCUGAGGCACAGAUUACCUGUGAAACAGCAACCUCCAGACACGUCUUAUAAAGAACUUUUAAAGCAGCUCACGGCACAGCAACAUGCUAUUCUUGUGGAUUUAGGAAGGACAUUUCCAACUCACCCCUACUUUUCGGCACAGCUUGGGGCUGGGCAGCUGUCUCUCUUCAAUCUCUUAAAAGCCUAUUCGUUGAUGGACAAAGAAGUGGGCUACUGCCAGGGCAUCAGCUUUGUUGCAGGAGUGCUGCUUCUGCACAUGAGCGAGGAGCAAGCCUUUGAAAUGCUGAAGUUCCUCAUGUAUGACCUGGGCUUUCGCAAGCAGUAUAGGCCCGACAUGAUGUCACUCCAGAUUCAAAUGUACCAACUGUCCAGGCUUCUGCAUGACUAUCACAGAGAUCUCUACAAUCAUCUUGAAGAAAAUGAAAUCAGCCCCAGUCUUUAUGCUGCCCCGUGGUUCCUCACAUUGUUUGCCUCUCAGUUCCCAUUAGGAUUUGUAGCCAGAGUGUUUGACAUUAUUUUUCUUCAGGGAACAGAAGUUAUAUUUAAGGUGGCACUUAGUCUACUGAGCAGUCAGGAAACAAUGAUAAUGGAAUGUGAAAACUUUGAGAACAUUGUUGAGUUUCUUAAGAACACUCUGCCUGAUAUGAAUACAUCAGAAAUGGAAAAAAUCAUCACCCAGGUGUUUGAGAUGGAUAUUUCUAAACAGUUACAUGCCUAUGAGGUAGAAUACCACGUGCUGCAAGAUGAACUUCAAGAAUCUUCCUAUGCCUGCGAGGACAGUGAAUCUUUGGAGAAAUUGGAGAGGGUCAAUAACCAUCUGAAAAGACAAAACAUGGACCUGCUAGAAAAAUUACAGAUAGCACAUGCUAAAAUCCAGACCCUGGAAUCCAACCUGGAAAAUCUGUUGACCAGAGAGACCAAAAUGAAAUCUCUAAUCCGGACCCUAGAACAAGAAAAAAUGGCUUAUCAAAAGACAGUGGAGCAAUUCCGGAAGUUGCUGCCAGCUGAUGCUCUGGCCAAUUGCGAGUCCCUACUGAGAGACCUCAACUGUCACCCUAACAACAAAGCCAAAACUGGAAACAAACCAUAAACCAAUAAGUGCCGUCUCUGAGGAAAGGCCUUUGGAAGGCUACAGAAGGGAAGAGUCUGAAGGCUGCUGUCCCAAACUGGAACCCUGGAGCCCACAGAACCACAUGCUACUGGUGCUGAGCCCUCGUCCUAGUCCACGGACUUUGUUGUCAUUGGUGAAGCCAGUCCUAAGCCAUUGUGUAUACUGAGGCUGGUUUUUGUGGUGGUGGCUGUAGUUGACUAUGUACAUAUUUAUCAAAUGGACACAAAGAAUUCAUGCUUUCAUAUAAUACGAGUAAAUGUAUAUUUAGAGAGCCGUUUUUUUUUUUUUUUUAAAAAAGCAAAACUUCAUGACAUACAUCCAAGGGAAGUUAAAAGGGACGUUCCCCCUUGGUCACAUGUGAAAUCAUUUGAUCUUUGUAGUGAAACAAGGCUAGAGCAUCUUUGUAUAUUGAAAUAUACUUGAACACGAAUGUAUUUCUUUUUCCUCCAAAGAACAGCAUGUUUCACUCUGGUGGAGAGGCAAAAAACUUCAGGAUAAUGUGACGAGUACAUGUCGGGAAAUUGAAAACAGCCAAUUGCCACUUAAAUGCCCCUGAGAAUUUCUAGAAAGUGGGGGCCUUCCUCCUCUCCCUGCUUUGUGCCAACCAGCAUGUGGCAUCUACAUGCAUUUUUGAGUCUACUUAGACAUUGUUUUAGACACAUGUACAGGAAAAACUAGACAUCAUGACAGUUACCCAUCCAGCUCAAGGAUAAAGGGAAUGUUGCUAGUUUUCUUGCAAUUUAGACCCAUAUUGUUACUCAAACUAAAAAAUGCAGGCCUCUGGUUUUUAAUUUAAGAUCAAAAUGGUCCAGAUCACCUUUCUGCCUUUUUAUUUAAAUUACUCCCACAAUUGUGAAUGAACUUCUUUUUACUUGGUGCCAUAGUUAGUAAGAAAGAUGUAUUUUAGUCCAAUAUGUAUCAUUGCUCAGUAUAAAUGAGAUGACUUUUGUUACAAAUCAGCAUGCC